AUGCCGCCUGAAGCCAUCCCCUUUGAUAAGGUCACGCAUGUGAACUAUGCGUUUUCGAUCGUCACUCCAGACUUUCGCCCAGUGUUCGAGACUGAAUACCUGUUGAAUCGCGUUGUCCGAGCAGCCCAUGCCAAGAACGUCAAGGUGCUCAUGUCCAUCGGCGGAUGGACCGGCUCACAGUACUUCAGUCCUCUUGCAGCAUCAAAGCAGGGGCGAAGGACGUUCAUCGAUGGUGCGAUCAAGAUGGUGAAGGAUUCGAACCUCGAUGGAAUUGAUAUCGACUGGGAAUAUCCUGGCCGUUUAGGAAGCUCGUGUAAUAUCUUUGACCAGCAGAACGACACCAAGAACUUUUUGACGUUGCUGCGAGAGCUGCGUCAGGCUCUCAACGCACUUCCGAAUGGCAAUCAGCUUGAGAUCUCCUUGGCAACGCGCAUUGUUCCAUUUGACGGGUCAGAUGGCAUCCUGAAGGAUGUAAGCGAGUUCAGCAAGGUGGUGGACUUCAUUAAUGUCAUGGCCUAUGACAUUAACGGUUCUUGGGGAGAUGUAACAGGCGCGAACGCUCCUCUCAUCGGUAAGGACGAGCUGACGUAUGAAGGAGGUGCGCAGGCCUGGAUCAAUGCUGGCUUCCCAGCUCAGCGAAUCAAUAUGGGGAUUCCCUUUUACGGCCGAUCCUUGAUCACUAAGACAGAUAUGACCCAGACGCAGUCGAUGGCGGCGCCAUUCCACAAGAAAGUGCCCGCAGGAGACAGGGAUGACGGUCUCUGGACAGAUCCCUGCGAGAAGGUGGCAGCAUAUUCUGGCGUGUGGAAGUUUAAGAACAUGAGGGAGCAGGGACUGAUUGGCCAAGAUGGCCAGGCAAGAUCACCAUGGGUACGCAAGUUUGAUCCAGAGACGAGGACGCCAUGGCUGUUCAACCCGGAGACGAAGCAGUUUAUUAGCUAUGAUGACAAGGAGAGCCUGAAGCUAAAGGUCGACUAUGCAAAGCAGAAGGAUCUCGGAGGAGUGAUGCUCUGGGCUCUGAACCAGGACUCAACGGACUUUGAGCUGCUGGAUGUGUUGCAGGAGGUUCGCCGCUGA